AUGCAGUUCACUUUGCUUACCGCUACCCUGCUUGCGUCUCUUGUAUCAGCUCGAGACUUCACCUUGUACAACGACGCCAACUUCAAAGGCGGGUCUCAUAGAGAGACACGUGGGGACGAUGGCGCUUGCUGGAAUUUGAAUGGUAAAGGCGACCAAGCAAGCUCUGUCAAAGGCCUAAAUGGAUGCACCACUUUCUUUAGGGAACGUGACUGCACAGGAUCCAGUUGGAACAACUGGGGUGAUGCGGCGACUGUCCCGAGUUUCCUCAAUGACCACAUCUGGUCAUUCCGCAACAGUGAUGCAUGCUGCGAUCACAAAGGUCGUUCCCUUUGCCUUGCAAGCUGUACCACUGGCUGUGCUCCGCUUGGGAAUGGGGCAGCUACCUGUAUUGAAAAUUGCCGUCCGUUUUGCAAGGGUGCAUUCCACUGCAUCUCCGGUUAG